CGUACGGCCGUCGCUACCUGCGACUGGUAUUGAAGUCUGUUAGCUUACACAUUUAUGCCUGUCAGAUUAGCAGUCAACGCGGCAUUGUCUGUGUGACGGUCUUAUUGGAAUGCAAAAACUUCACCGUUAUAUUGUGAAUUACUGUAAGGCCUGCGGAAUGGGUGUUGCUCGCUCAUGAUAUCUGCCCACUACCACAAAGCCAUUGUGCAGCUCGCCAGUAUAUGUAGACACAUAUCCUUGCACAUGUAUUCAGCCGGCAGCCGAAAUUCUAUAUAAAUAUGUCAGCAGAUAUACGAUCCAUACUUGAGAGCUGGACAGGAAAGACAGAUCCUCUGAGCAAGGUGUGUUUAGAAGGCAGUACGAGUCCAUACCUGAGGGACAGACAGAGUAAGACUGACAUAAGUGGGGCUGAACAACUGGAACUGCUGUAUAAUAUACGGCUGUAUUAAUUCACAUGGGCAGUCUGUUUAACAGUUUAUAGUUAACUCCAUGCAACCUUCCCUCGGACGAGCGUGACAUCUUCGAGAAGUAAAGCCGUCUGCUUUACGUGGCAUGUUUUAUUCAAGGAAAAAUUAACAGCCCUGGCCGAUAAACCAAAGUCCAGGAUAUUUCUGUUGCUUCAUUGGAUGAAAUGACCUUAGCUUUCUAUGCUGGAGUUCCGGUUAAUCUCCACGACCAUGUGUGUGCUGUGUAUCUAUAUCAGAUCGGAACGAUGGAGUGCACGCAUUAAGUGACGGAUCAUUAACAGAUCUCUGCCUCAUUAAAUAACAUAUUGGAUGUUUACCUUGGGGACAACUUACUGGAGAAAAUCCCCCUUUAUUAUAUUUGAGAGUAAUUUUAUAGAGUCAAAUAAUCUUGAGCGGUUAAUAUGUCGAAAUUUGCAGUUUGACCAAAGAGUAGCUUUUUAAGAAGGGUGGCAUUGUAUACUGUUAGCAGUAAAAUAGGGCUUUUCAAACAAAAAUGGCGGAUUUUGUUCCAAGGAAAUCGUUCGAAUUUCGAAUGUCCAAGAAAGUUGCUGAACUGACUCAAGUCGUGCAUAUGUUGUUCACAAGAAAUCAUGAAAAAGAAGUGGAGAUAGAUGCUUUAAAGGACGCAUACGAGUGCGAUAUUCAACUAUUGCUCGACGAUGCGAAUCAGAAAAUUCUUGUACGAGAAACGCGUAUUGCUGAGUUGGAAAAACUGUAUGCUGAUCAGGCGACACAUUUUAAGGAGGCCGUGGAACGGGAAUCUAACGGUUGUAAGGAGGAGUGGGCUAACUGUGUCGCAGGACUUGAGAGACAACUGCAAGAUGAAAAAUCAGAAUGUCAAAACUUGAGGGAUUUACUGAUUCAAACUCAGAAAGACGUUGAAAAGCUAAGGCAGAGUGCAAUGGAAGAUUCCUCUUCCAAAACCUCUGAACUUCAAGCAAAAGAUCAAGAAAUUAGUAAACUUAAGAAAGCGAACGUCACUUUGGAGAAACGAGUCAAAGAGCAGCAGGCACAAGAAGAAGCAAGAGCCGUCGAAUUCACCAUGAAAACUGAUCGACUAACAAGGGACAUAACUCAACUUCAAGAGCUUCUAGAAGAAACCCACAGAGUCAAAGAGAAUGUCAUCACAAAAAAUCGGCAAUUAGAAGCGGAUCUGAAACAAUUACGGAAGGACUUUGGAAGAAAAGUGUCGGAAAUUGUCUCUUCUAAAAAUUCCAUCGCCAUGCCAGCGCAAAUUUCCAAUCAAGUAGAUUACAACAGUGAGAUCGAGCGUUUACGGAGAGAGGUGCAUAAAUAUCGGAUGGAGCUGAGUAACAGGGAUUUAAACUUCAACCGGAUGUUCACAGAUAAACAGCCGAUAGUGAUUGACCCCAGGGCUGGGAAAAUUGGCGUGAAUCAGAUACAAGCGGUGAACCCCCAUCAUAGGGCCCCCAGUACACCGCCCAAGACAAGCAGGGAGAAGUCCUUUAGUUUUGCUAGCGGACAGGUUUAUGACCACGAUGUCAUGCCAACCAGAUCGUUGUCGUCGGCUUCUUCCAAUGCUAGACUGCCAUGUUUGGGGUCACAGGACUCCCGUGGGAGGAUUCAGAGGUUACUAAAGCCGCGACCAAUCCCGAAGACAUUUUUAAUGAGUAAAACUUAAGUCAAAUUCAGACCUUAGCAUGUGCUAAUAAAAUAUUAUUUAUUUUUAACCAGUCUCGGCAUAGAUAUCAUGAAACCGAAGUAUUUACGCGUAUUUUUUUUUACCCUUAUCAACCAACCAAAUGGAAUUCCUUGCUUCUGUUAUUCCGCAAUAAUAAAGGGCUUACAAUUAUUACCAAAAUUAA